AUGUUUGACUUAGUGAAGCAGAUAUUAACGAAUUGCUACUACUACGCGCGAUUAAUGGGCGUAAUAAAUUUCGAGAUUGACUUAAAGACAGUUAUUUCAACAAUUACAGCACAAGUCAAUAUUAUAGUUUCACAGUAUUACUUCGGUCUAUUAAACAUCCACGGCCAUUACAUUCUUAUCAACGAAGAACUUCGCGAUUUGCUGAAUGAGAUACGUUCCUUGGAAACUGAACGUCGCAAAGGAGUUUUCACAAUUAAAUGCUGUGAACUUGCUGAUCAGUUGGAUGUUAUUGCUGAAAUACAAUUUCAGCUCCAAGCACUGGUCAAGCAAAUAACGAGCAUAUUCGGGCUACAGAUUAUUACGAUGGGCGCAAGUUAUUACAUGUCCUCAGUAGCACUUGUCUACUUUUGUUUUACCGAACUACGAUCCUCUGAAGUUAAUGGCAUGUUAACUUUCUGGGGAAGAGUUCUGAUCAUACUUGAAUUUGUAUGUUAUUUCACAGACAUUCAUAUUACCGUUCACAUUACAUAUGCCAUUCACGAAGUGCAUGCAACGUUGGUGAAUCUGCUCUCUAAUCACACGGUGUUUCGUAAUGGAUUGGAUGAGCGAUUGGAAGUAACUCUUAAGAACUUUCAAAUACAACUGGCAUGCAAUCCAAUGAAGAUCGUAGUUCUAGGAAUGUAUGAAAUGAAGAAAUCAAGAGCUAUCGCAAUGGUCAGCUCAAUAUUUUCUAGUUCUCUGGUUUUAAUCCAAUAUAAUAUACAAAACUUCUAA